GUCCCCUGCAAAACUUCCCCGAAGAAGAAGUUCACAAAAAAAUGGCUGCACAGCAACAACCCGGUGGACCGAUUCCCCAAGUUGGAAUGCAGCAAGCUGCUACACUUCAACAACAGCAGUUGAGUCAACAGCAAGAUUUCGACCCUGUUCAUCGAUUCAAAAUGCUUAUUCCACAAUUAAAAGAGAGCCUCCAGAAUGUCAUGAAGAUUGCCUCUUUAAAUUUGGGACAUAAUACAUCAAUUGACAAUGGCAUAAAGAGCAGUGAUGCCAGUGUACAGCGGUUUGACAAGAGUCUGGAAGAGUUUUAUGCCCUAUGUGAUCAGCUGGAACUCUGCUUACGGCUUGCCUACGAGUGCUUAUCCCAGAGCAUUGACAGUGCCAAGCACUCUCCUAACCUGGUCCCAACAGCCACCAAGCCUGACACCGUACAGACAGAGUCCCUGUCCUACUCACAGUACCUCAGCAUGAUCAAGUCGCAGAUCUCCUGCGCCAAAGACAUUCAUAACGCUCUAUUGGAGUGCUCCAAGAAAAUCGCAGGAAAGGGCCAGCCACCAGGAGUCCUGUAGAAAUGGGCAUUUCAUUAUAUUAUUAUUUUUCUAAAGUUAUUUGUAUUUUUUGUUGUUGUAAUGAUUGAUAAAGACAUACAAAGUUGAUUUAACUGUU